AUGACGUCCAAGAACUUCAAAAUAUCCCUCCACCCCCCGCCAGCAACAACCCUCAUCCUCCCGACAGCCUCCAACCCCCAGCCCCCCUCGAACCCGCCCCUCCUCACCGAUGCCCUCACUAUCCGCCGCAAAGUCUUCAUCGAGGAACAGCACUGCUCCGCCGACGACGAGAUCGACGCCGACGACGCCCGCACCUGGCACUGGGUGGUCUACGCUCCUACUGCCGACUCCGCCGCCGACACUUCAACGCCCGUGGCAACAAUUCGGCUCGUCCCGCCGCCGCAGCCGCCGCACGAGCUCCUCACGCAGGCCGAGAUCGACGCGACACAGUUCCCGAGGUACGACUUUGCGCACGAGCCGUGUGUCAAGUUGACGCGGGUGGCGGUGCUGAAGGGGUAUCGGGGGCUCGGACUGGGGAGGGUUCUGGUGGAGGCGGCGCUGGGGUGGGCGCGGUCGCAUGCGGCGGAGAUCCAGGAGGCGUAUGGCCGGGUUUGUGGGGAGAGUGGUGGGGAGGCGCUGGUGUGGACGGGGUUGGUGCUGGUGCAUGCGCAGGUGCAGGGGGAAAAGAUGUAUGCGCGGUUUGGGUUUGAGACGGAUGACGCGCUCGGAAGGUGGGAUGAGGAGGGGAUUGAGCAUGUUGGGAUGUGGAGGAGGAUUGAGCUAGAGUAA